ACAUUUCGUCCAAUCAGAGAGCAGCAGGGGGCGUAGACGAAUUUCAGUGUCCGCACUGUGUUUACUUCCGUCAAUAUUUACAGCACGGCAGGCAGCGGAGACAAGGAGGAGAAGCACAGGCAAUACAAUAAAGGAGUCGCUUAAGGUGUUUGGAGUGGAAGCGACCGUCUCUGCUCACAGUCCCCCUCCAGCUAAAAUGCCUUUCUUAGGCAAGGACUGGAGGUCGCCAGGAUGGAGCUGGACCAAGACAGAGCAUGGCUGGAAGAGGAUUGUCUUCUAUGGACACGAGUUGGAAGAUAACAACAGAGAGAUAGACUUGAAAGAGCUCUGCAGUGACAACAAAGAAAAUCUGUUUGUUGGAGACUUGUGCGAGCUCGCCAUCACAAAGAGGAAAAAGGACUUCUACAACAACAACACCAAAUCUCAGUUUGUUUUCAGGGAUAAAUGGAUCUACGUGCAGAAAGGGAGCACGAAAGAACGUCAUGGAUACUGCACGCUUGGUGAAGCCCUCAACCGUCUAGACUUUUCCAGUGCCAUUCAGGACUUGAGAAGAUUCAACUACGUUGCAAAACUUUUCCAGCUAAUAGCCAGGUCUCAGCUGACCUCCUUGAGUGGAGCUGCCCAGAAAAACUAUUUCAAUAUACUGGAGAAGAUUGUACGAAAGGUUCUAGAGGACCAGUACAAUCCGCGCCUUGUCAAGGAGCUGCUGCAGGACCUGAGCUCGACACUGCACAGUCUGACUAUCCAUGUUGGCAGGUGUGUCCUCGUAGGCAACGUCAACAUCUGGUUGUGCCGACUAGAGACCAUUUUCAAAUGGCAGCAGCAGCUCAACAACCUGCAGAUCCCCAAGAAAAUGUGCGAUGGCACGUCAUUCAAUGACUUGCCAUUACACAUGCAGAACAAGAUCCUCUGCAAGUUAUCUGAUGCCUAUGACAUCAUUAACCUGGGACAGGCCACACCUACUCUGCAUUUCCUCAGUGAGAACAGGACGCUGUGGAAGAAACUCUGCCACUUUCACUUCUCAGACAAACAGUUCUGUAGGAAUUUGGUCCUAACCAAGAGCGAUAAUGUGGACUGGAAGCUGAUGUACUUCACCCUGCAGAAACAUUAUCCAAUGAAGGAGCAGUACGGCGACACCUUGCACUUCUGCAAACACUGUAGCAUCCUCUUCUGGAAGGAUCGCCACCUGGCUUUGUUAUUCAAGGACUGUGGCCAUCCAUGUACUGCCAACGACCCAGACAGCUGCCUCAUGCCCAUCUCUCCACAGCACUUUAUCGACCUCUUCAAGUUCUAAACCCUCCAUGUUAUUCUUCAAGCCAAACGUCUGAUUACCCCACCCCCACCCAAGAGUGUGUACGAGACCUUGAUGUCGAUUACCCAAAUACAAAGGGCUUCAACUGAAAGAGAUGACUUUUUUAUUUCUUCAUUUCCUUAAGCACAAAUGUUUCCAUACGACAUAGAAAAGAUUAAAUGUGUAUGUUUGUUGAUUUUAAGAAUGUUGGUGAUUGGUGAAAUAUAAAAGGAACUUUUAUGUUUUUCGUCCUUCCGCACAAAUAUUUGUCUUCUUGACAAAAAAAAGGCUAUUCCGGACAGAGAAAAAAAAUGUAAAUGUAAUAUGAAUAUGUGAAAGGAUUUAUAUGUAAAAGGAGUUGUAGCAUGUUUAUGGUAGGUAAGUGAUGAUAAGUUUGUUUUAAGUUUUUUGUUUUUUUACAUGGCAAAAGGAAAACAUUUACAAUUACAGUGCAGCAGAAUAUGAUGACUCAUGGUUUAUUUAAUGGGGUUAAACUAUUCAGAUUUUUGCUAUGUUCUGUUUUGGUGGUAUUUUCUGCAAUAACUGAAGGCAUGUCAUGUUUGAGUCUCUGUUUACAUGCUGUAUGUUGUCCUUUGUGAAUUCUUGCUGUGCUCUGUGUACAUUGGAAACGUCGACACUAAGAGAAAAUAAUGUAAAACUCCAUUAGCCGUAAAGUUUUUACAAUCUACUUUUGUCAGAACUGUCAAAUGAUAAACAGAGGAGAUGUAAAACAUUAUUUAUGGGGAAAAAAAGUUUUAUAUCCUUCCUCCAACUUUUGUAAUAUUGCUUUGCUGUUCCAAUACUCUUGAUGGUACUAUCAUGACUUUUAUGGGACAGGAACUAGCUAUACAUUAAUUAAAUAUUUCUAAAAACCUG